AUGGCUCCAUGGACCGAACCCUUCCUGGCCAAGACGUACACGAUGGUGGAUGACCCGGCGAUGGACGCCAUGGUCGCGUGGGGGUCAGCCAGCAACAGCUUCGCCGUCACCGACCCCUUCGCCUUCUCGGAGAUGCUGCUGCCCACGCACUUCAAGCACUCCAACUUCUCCAGCUUCGUCCCCCAGGUCAACACCUACGGCUUCCGCAAGGUCAACCCGGACCGGUGGGAGUUCGCGGACGCCUUCUUCCUCCGCGGCCAGAUGCACCUCCUACCCCGCAUUGUCCGGCGCUGGAACGGCGGCAAGCGUGGCAAGGAAGACGCCGGCGAGGGGGAUGAAGACAUCAGCAGCAAGAUGUUAGCCAUGGAGGUGGUCCGACUGAAGGAGGAGCAGAGGGCCACCAAGGACCGCUUGGCGGCGAUGUGGCGCCCGGUGCAGGACGCCGAGUGCCGGCCCAAACUCAUGCUCGCCUUCCUCCUCAAGGUCGUCGGAGACCCCGACGUGCUACGCCGCCUCGUAGGCAACUUGAGCAGCAACGACGGAUUGUUCCCCGGCGAGGGCGCGGAGACCAAGAGGCCGCGGCUGCUUCUUAACGGUGAAGCCCAGAUGCAGGACGCCUUCGUGGGGGAACCCGGGGUCGACUUCACUGGGUUCUACACGGGAGGCGACGGGUUUAGCGAGGUGCCGGUGGACAACCCCCCGUACGCUUUCCCGAUGGACACCGGCUACUGA